AUGAAAGCCAAUUAUCCAAACAAAAUGCCAACUGUCCAUUGGGAUACGUUGAAUACUAAUUAUCCUGUAAACAGGUAUCAUGAAACCGGUAUUUCAAGUGAGACAAUUGCUCGUGAGGCGAGAGGCAUUCCUGAAACACUUCAACAACUGCAGAAAUCACCACUUCAAGAGGAAAUUAAUUACAGCAGAAAUUACAAUUUAACUCGCGAAUUCACGAAAUCUCAAUAUACCGUAGAUUAUGAAUGGAAGCAGGGUGAAAGAAAAAGGUUUAAUAAGAAUAACUCUUGCGCAGAUAAUCUAUACAUAUAUCCUCCAGACACGAAGUUAUUACAUAAUCCACCAGAUUUGGCAGUGUUUGGCCUGUCAGAAACAAAAAAUGCAUUUGUUAGGCCGUCUCUAUCCAGUCGCUUAGUGACUGACAAGGACCAAUUCAAACAUCCUGCCAGUUUACCUUUAAACCCACCUCCAAUACAACCUUUUCGCAAAGACAUCGAACCGCUGGACACGACGUAUGAAGGUUUUGAAAAGUACUUAGACCCCUAUCUGACGACCAGCAGGCUUCACCAUCAUCCACACUCAGAAGAAUAUUUAAAUAGGAUUUCCAAUUCAAAGGAUGUCAUCACAUAUUACACUUGUGCGAAACAACCUUGGGUUAGAUCACCGAAACCAAAUUUGGAUAAAUGUUUACCAUUAAGUAGACCUAAAUCAAUGUUCGACAGAGAAAAAUUUAAAGAGGAUUUUAGAGAGAUCAGGACCCACAAUAAACUUAUAUGGACCCCAGGGUCUUUUCGCACCGAAGUGAGGGACAAUUACAAACAACACGAGUCAAAAAUACACAACUAUGAAAAGGAUGUACAGAAUUUUUUUCAACGGACAAUAGCGCAUUUAUAA